AAGCACCACUGUAUGACUAUAACUUAGACAGAGGGUAUAGUCAGACUUAGCAUAGACGUCUAACAAAAACUGUUGCACAAAGCAGUUAAGACUCUGACUAUCUUAAGUUGUACUAUCCCGCAAAGGAUUGUUGGUAAUUUAAGACUCUUUUCAAAACAAAAAAAAAUGGCGGACAGCAACCGGUCAGUGCCGUUCACGCACUCAGAGAAUUUAGCCAUUCUUGAAGAAUUUAAUUCCUACAAAGGGGUUUUGUUGGGGAAAUUCAAUGAGGAGUGCACCAACAAAAAGAAACAUGAGGUGUGGAAAAAAAUCACCGAUGUGGUGAACAGCGUUAACCCCGCUGCGGUACGAGACGUGUCAGCUGUGCAGAAGAGGUUUAAAAAUAUGGUGCAAGAGGCAAAAAAUGAAAUAUACAAGCGGAAAACGGGACCCCCAACGGGAGGAGGGAAAGCGAAGAAACUAAAAGUCACCACCGAAAUGGUGAUAGAGAUCUACGGAGGCGAGUCGCCAUUAUUUUGGGGAGUGAAAGGGGGAAAGGAGAGCAGAGUUACCAGACCCAGCAACAACUCCCCUAGCAACGGGGAAACUGAGGACGCUCCUUCACCUUCCCAGUUGUCAUCACCCAGUGCCUGUGUGGAUGUUAUACUAGCAGUACCCGAAGAAGAAGAGCCUGCCGACCAGGAGGAAAUUACAGUUACCUUGGUGCCUGAGGACUCCCAGACUGUGAUAGCUGCUCCCACCACCACCACCAGAACCCCCAGCACCACCACCACCACUAGAAUCCCCACCAUGGCCAUGGUGCUUGAGAAGCAGUAUACCAAUCUAAAUUUGGAAGAGAAAAAACUCCUUUUGGAGAUUGAAGUCCUACAGCUCCAAAAACAAAGACUCCAGCUUAAAUUGAAGAGACAGAUGGAGGAGUAAAGCAGUAGUGUGUGUGUGUGUGUGUGUGUGUGUGUGUGUGUGUGUGUGUGUGUGUGUGUGUGAGAGAGAGAGAGGAAUGGGUGAU